AUGGAGCUGGAAAAGCACGUGGCGCAGAGCGGACAGCUGCUGCAGCGGUGCAGAGGCAUCAUUGGGGCGCUGCAGAAUGACGUCGGCGGCCUGCUGUGGGAGAUUGACACGCGAGUGGGCGGCACCAGCUUCCAUGCUGACGUUGCGCGGCAUCUCCCCGCCAUCCUGGCAGCAGCGGGAGGGGGCAGCAGGGAUUCAGCCGUCGCAGGCGGCAAAGACGCUGCUGCGGUGGGUGCUGCUAUGAUAUCCAGCCCAGAGGAGGCGGCUUGCAGGCUGCUCCAGUCAGCCCAAGACCGCGUUGAUCUGCUGCACCGCGCGUAUGGCGUGGUGUCCAGCCUGCAGACAGACGUGGAUGCGUGCCUGUGGGAGCUGGGGCAGGUCGAGUCUCCGCCGGCAGCUGGCGGCGGUGACAUCAGCUGCUCCUGCGUGCCCUCGCCCAUCCCCUUCCCGGCACUGGGGCCCCAUGAAGGACUGCAGCAGCACACCACCCACACAUUUCCCUCUGGAGGAGCAACACUCAGCCCCUCCACAGCUGCGUUUGUACGGGCCGCCUGCACUGCCCGUGAAACCGAGGCAGCAGAACACGCCGCGCAGCCGCGAGCGGUACUGGACACAAGCCUGAAGGACGCUUCCCUUGAGACGGAAAGCAUGUGUUGGCAGCAGCCACAAGCCGUUGUGAAGCAGAUAUAUUGUCACCUGCACCUGCGCACGAGCGAGAAGAAGUUGAGAGGGAUGCAAUUCCAGGAACUUGAUGAUGAUGCAGAUUGCAAGCGGAGCAGCAGCAUGCGCACUACCAUGGUGCAUGUCACCUCUGGCUCGCUUAGCAGUCGUGGCGGACCCAGUUAUGAUGCAGCCAUUGCGGCAGCCGAGGAGGCAGCCCAGGAGAUAUGCUGGGCCAGCAGCGUGCAGCGCGACAUUUCAGCAGCGGAUCCAAGUGGCAGCCCGGCUGUGCCAUGCGGCCUGGACUCACGCGAUGUAGAUGCCCUGCUAGCUGACCUGGAGGCGGGGUUGUGUUUUGUGACAGAGGAGGAGGGAGUUAGCGGGGGGGCGCAGAUUGCCGACAGCAAUUCGGUGCAGACCUGCAGCAUGCAGCUCACGGCAUUAAUUGACGAGGCUGGAGCUCUGCCGGGGCAGCAAGACCAGCAAGCCAACAGCUCUCCGCAGCUCUCCACAGCAGCCAUGCAGCUUCUUCAGCGUGAACAGGCAGGUGUAGCCUCUGCGGCAGUCAUGCCAGCGCGGCUGCUGCAACGGCUGGCCACGCAUGUCAAGCAUGAUAGCGUGGGCAGCAUGGGCCGUCUCACUGGCAGCGGGGACACCGUCUUUGCUGCCGCACGCAGUGGUGUCGACCCAAGCGAUGCGCCAGCCAUCUCUCUCAAUACGGCAGCAGAAGAGGCAGGAGCAAUUGCGCAGAGCCUGCUGCAGCAGGCGCACGGCGCCAUGCAGCGGGAAGCAGGAGCCAGGCAGGCCGCUGUUAUGGCAGCUCAGCUGGCUGUGUCGGUCGCCCAAGCAGAGGCACGAGAGCUGGAAGCUCAGGGCCACUUUGUGGAGGCAGCCGCGGCUGUUUUGGACGCCGACAGGCUGUGCGAGGCAGUAGCGACCGCCGAGGCUGCUGCUGGCCAGGCAGCCAGGCAGAAUGUGUGGAUGGCUCAGGCAGUGCACCACGGAGGUGUGGCUGGCAGCACUGCUGAGGAGCCCGAGUUGCAGCCCAGCAGCACCAGAAGUGCGUGCGUGCCAGAAGCACUCAGGCCGGAUGAUGCAGCAGACAGAGCCUCGUGUGCUGGUACCGAGACGGUGCCAGCGGGAAUGUAUGGGUGGCAACAGCGGGCAAAGCAGGCUCAGCAAGCCGCAGGGGUAGCACAGCAUGAUGCCAGCGUGGCCGGCACAGAUGUGCGUGUGACUGCCAUCUCAGCCGUCCCCAGCAUGUCCCAGCAAAGCAGCCUGCUGCUUUUCAUGCAUCAUGAGCAGCAGCCUGCACAGCAGGAGCAGCUGCCUGGCCAGCGAUCAGCCUCUGCAUCACUGGAUGCCAGUGGCAGCGAUAGUUCUCAGGCUGCCUCGCAGCUGCCAGCAGCACCAACUUCUCAGCUUGCCACAAGGGCACGGAGCGCUGCUGCAAAGUAUGAGGACAAGAGGCAGCGCGCACAGGCUAGGGCACAACAAGCAGGUUGGUGUUGUGCGAUUUUGGACAUGCUUGUUGGGAGACAUUUCAAUAUUCCCUAUGGGAAAGAAGUAGGCACUGCCGCAGCAUUGCCUGCAGAUGCGGAGGCGGAGCAGAUGCGGGCGGCAGGCUGGACCGAUGCGGCGGCGGUGGCUUCAGCAGCCGCGCUCAAGUGGAAAACACGAGCGGGCAAGGCGGAGCGAGUGGCCCAGCUGGCCCUGAAUCAUGCUGCGAAGCUCGAGGAGGAUGAGGUUAAUGCCAUCACAGCAGAUACGGUUGCGGCACCAGCUUAUUCAGGACCAGCCCGCUUGGCUUUGGCAGGCAUGGAGCAGGCCGCUGUUGUUGCUGCCGGUGCAGCCUGCGUGCAGUCGCAGCUUCAGCAAUACCUGUUCCACUUCAGGAGGUUCCCCGGCAGAUGGCACGCUGCUGCUCUCUUCAGGAAUGGAUGA